AUGUCUGUUAUCCUAGUAUCUGCCGGCUACGACCACACCAUAAGGUUUUGGGAAGCCCUUACUGGGGUUUGUUCAAGGACAAUUCAGCAUUCCGACUCACAGGUCAACCGGUUAGAAAUUACCAACGAUAAAAAGCUGUUAGCUACAGCAGGGCACCAGAACGUACGGCUUUAUGAUAUUCGGACGACGAAUCCAAAUCCCGUGGCUUCCUUUGAAGGUCAUCGAGGAAACGUUACCUCCGUUUCUUUCCAACAGGACAAUAGAUGGAUGGUAACAUCUAGUGAAGAUGGGACCAUAAAGGUAUGGGAUGUACGUUCCCCAUCUAUUCCUAGAAAUUAUAAACAUAACGCACCUGUAAAUGAAGUGGUAAUACACCCUAACCAAGGUGAGUUAAUAUCUUGUGAUCGAGAUGGUAAUAUUAGGAUUUGGGACUUGGGGGAGAACCAGUGUACGCACCAGUUGACUCCUGAGGACGAUACCUCUCUCCAGUCCUUGUCUAUGGCAAGCGAUGGUUCGAUGCUGGCCGCCGCGAACACUAAAGGCAAUUGCUACGUAUGGGAAAUGCCUAAUCAUACUGAUGCGUCUCACCUCAAGCCAGUAACUAAAUUCAGAGCGCAUUCUACCUAUAUAACUAGAAUACUAUUAUCAUCCGAUGUAAAACAUUUGGCGACAUGUUCAGCUGACCAUACAGCCCGUGUUUGGUCAAUUGAUGAUGAUUUUAAGCUAGAAACGACAUUGGAUGGUCACCAAAGAUGGGUUUGGGAUUGUGCGUUUAGUGCUGACAGUGCGUAUUUGGUAACAGCAUCGUCUGACCAUUAUGUUAGAUUAUGGGAUUUAUCAACGAGAGAAAUUGUCAGACAAUACGGAGGACACCAUAAGGGAGCUGUGUGUGUAGCGCUAAACGAUGUUUAG